AUGAAGCUCGCCAAGAUAUGUCCUACUACUCGUUUCAACGACAAAAAUGAAGAGAUUGGUUCAUCGGCCUGGAAUAUGGAUGAUUUAAAGUGGAUGCACGGAUACUUCAGAUACGGUUUCUGUGCUACGUCUAGUUUUUCUUAA